AAGCAUAGAGAUAGAUAUCUAGAUAUAACCAUUUACUCUCGUGGAUGCCGGGCGGUCCGGGUUACUACAACCUCGAGUAUGUUCCAGGCUCCGUGGAUAUGCUCUAGAUGUCUUUCAAGGUCUGUAGCCCUGAUACAGUGUAAACAAUGGCCUCGACAGCUCCGGUUUAAUUCCACAGUCCCGACACCGGAAGUGUCCAUAUCUCCUGUUCUUCUCAACCGGGCACGGUCAAUCGCCAAUGAGCAUGCAACCCUCACUUCCAAACUGGCAGAAACAUUCGAUCCGAAAACUGCAAAGCGAGCAGGAGAGCUGGCUACCACGGCCAGAGCAUUGAAGAAAUGGGAAGACGCAAAUGAGACCAUCGCUGAGCUCAACAAUCUCCUUAAAGACCCAUCCACAGAUUCCGAACUCCAUUCCCUCGCUCUUGAGGAUCUCCAGUCAACAACAACCUCCCUCGCCAUUCUCUCUACCAACCUUAAGCAAGCCCUUAUCCCGCGCCACCCGUUCGCAGAUCUACCUUGCCUCCUCGAGCUCCGCCCAGGCGCUGGGGGCGAAGAAGCCGGCAUCUUCGCCAAUGAACUCCUGCGCAUGUAUACUAUGUUCUGCUCCAACCGGGGCCUGCACGUCACUCUCUUGAAGAAGGAAAGCGAAAACGCCGGUGCGAGUGGUGGGUCCGAAGAUCGAUUGGUCGAAGCUGUGAUGGAAAUCGAGACACCGGGUAGCUAUGAGACGCUUCGGACAGAAGCGGGCGUACAUCGCGUGCAGAGGGUUCCUGCUACUGAAAGCAAAGGCAGGACGCAUACCAGUGCUGUCAGCGUGGUGAUUCUGCCUUCCUUCCCAAACAAUGGCGAGGAAGGGGACAGUGAGAUGAAUUUUGACGAUCCCAACUCUGACUACUACAUUGAUCCGCAGGAGGUAAAUGUGGAGAAAAUGCGGGCGGGUGGUGCAGGUGGGCAGCACGUUAAUAAGACUGAAUCCGCAAUCCGGUUGACGCAUAUCCCCACCGGUAUUGUGGUGGGCAUGCAGGAUUCGCGGUCACAACAUGAGAAUCGGCGCAAAGCGUGGCACCUCCUUAGGGCUAGGAUUGCGCAGCAGCGACGUGAAGCGAGAGAGGAGGAGAUGGUGAAGUUGCGGCGAGGUGCUAUGGGCGGUGUGGGGAAGAUGGGGAGGGGGGAUAAGAUACGCACAUACAAUUUUGGGCAGAACCGAUGCACGGAUCAUAGGAGUGGGUUCACGGUGCAUAACCUGGGGAGUAUCAUGGAGGGCGGUGAUGGGCUUGAGAAGAUUAUGGAUAGUGUGAGGGGGUGGCUUGUUGAUCAAGAGGUUGAUAAUGUCUUUGCAGAGGAGCAAAUGAAGCUAGCGCAAGCAGCAGUUAAAACGAAGGGGAAAUCUUAAAGUGUUGGCAUGAUUAUGGCUUGCUUUUAUAUUAUUCUCUGUUACUUGGAUUUAGACAUGUAUUCUUGAUACUUUUCUUCGGAAAAUGGCCGAGUUGUGUAUUGAGGUCUAUCUGCCCGUGAAAGCGUUUUUAAUAUUAACCUGUUUUGUUUCAAUUAUGAUGAGUCUAUUAGUCUAUAUGCAACCAGCUUCCCAAGGCCUGAAAUAACCGGAACUAGUUAUACAAUCAAAUAAGUGGGGAAGGACAUCUAUAUAUAUUUCCUCUCAGGGUCCAAAGCGUCCAGGCCCUCCAUCGUCUUCUCAUA